AUGUUGAUAGGCCCUCCAAAGCCUAUUCAGAGUGACCCACAGACCCAAGCAGAGAGCCCCUGGAACUCCAGUGUCCCCCAGGUCCCUGCUGAGGAGGCACCCGAGAGGCCGGCAGACUCUCCCCUGGGCCCAGCCCUGCAUGGACCUAAAGCGGCCAGGGGGGCUCAGAGAGAAGGAAUCCCGGUAACUGAUGACUUCCAGAUGGCUCGAGGGCCAAGUUCUCAGGGCUGGACAGGACCUCCUGACUCACAGGAGCCUAUGGAGCAGGAAGCACCAGCCCCGCCCCCAGUGGGCCCCCCCCAUCUCACUUUCAUCCCCACGCCUCCCAGACCCCAGCUUGGGGUAGCCACAGUUCCUCCCUCUCCAGGGGAGCCUGGAGGCCAACUGGGAAGGCAACCCCCUGGAGAUGAGGGUCUGGUGGCCGAAGCCAAGACCAGGGUCUCAGAGACAUCCCCCUCGGCGCACCAGGGCCCUCCGCACGCUCUUGUGCCCCACUCCGGCACUGUCAGGAAGCCGGCGCUGGAAGAACAGGCUUGGGGUGAGGAGGACUUCCGGGAGGCAGCUCGAGGUCCUCUCUUCGCCCAGCGGCAUCCAGCAGCCCCUGAUGUUGGCUCAGUAUCCCCAGUUGAGGCGGCAUCCUCUCGGGAGCCUGGGUCCCAGCCAGACCUGGCAGCGGCCAGAAGCCUUCCUCCUCCUGAGGAGCUGCCAGUGGAGCUCCCUGAGAAGUCCGGAGGUGGGGACACCUGGGAAGUCAGUUUUUCAAGUCCCUCACCCAAGCAGGCUGACCUCCCUGACGUUACGGGCUCACCAGGACCCCAGCUCUCAGGUCCCCCAGCCUCAGAGACUUCUGAUGGGCGGCCCAAGCCAGCGAGAGCAGCAACGAACGGAGCAGACCCCGUCUCCCCCCAGCGGGUGAGAGGAGCGGUGGAGGUCCCAGGUCCCCUGAAGUCCCUCAUCCCUGUCCCCUCGGACCCUGGCCCAGCUACAAACCGAACAGAGAGCCCUAUGGGGGCUGUGCAGCCAGAUGAAGCCGAGGAGUGGCCGGGGCGCCCCCAAAGCCAUCCCCCAGCACCCCCAGUCCAGGCCCCCUCGACGUCACGCCGGGGCCUCAUUCGGGUCACCACGCAGCGUGCCCUGGGCCAGCUACCCCCUCCGGAGCCCUCAGCCAGCUCCAUGGCAUCAGCCCCAGCCUCCAGCCCCCCGGCCAACGCCACCGCACCCCCCCUGCCCUGGGGUCCCCUGCGGCGGGUGCUGAGCUUUUCCUGGGAGCUGCACGUCUAUGGGGUGGGGGUGCUCUUCCUCCUGCCCGCCUCGUUGGCGCUGGCCUCGCUGGCAGCCGCCCCUGCGGGGUCCCGGCUAGCACUGGUGGCUGCGGUGCUGGUGCUCGUAGCGUCGGCGCUGCGAUCCGCCUACAUGCUGGCUGACCCCUACGGCUCGCAGGCGCGGCUGGGCUUACGCGCCAGCCUGGUGCUCUACAACCUGCCCUUCCCCUUGCUGCUCACUGCGCUCGCUGCCCUCACCCUGCUCGGCCUGGGCGCCGGGCUGCCACAGCAGCUGCAGAACCCGCUCCUGCUGGGAGCGUUGGCGUUGGCGCACGGUGUGGGGUUGCUCACUGCAGACCUGCUGUCCGCCAGGCCUGCACUCAACCUCCUGGCCCAGGGCUUAUCGUGCGCCUGGGGCGCGGUGGUGGCUCUGGGCACACUCUGCCUGUGCCGUCGCCGCCUGCUGGACGGGCCGCGGGGCUGGGAUACGAGCCCGGGCCCGCGGCUGCUGGCCGUGGCGGGUGCGCUGGGGCUGCUGGCCAGCGGCUUGCAGCUGGCGGCCGCGCUGUGGCUGUACCCGGGCCCAGGCCGGGUGGGCCGCUUCUCGUGGGCCUGGUGGGGUGUCCACUUUUGGCUGCGCCUGCUGGAGCUGACAUGGGCGCUCGCCAUGGCGCUGGCCGCCGUGGCCGCCGCACGGCCCAGGCCGCCCACAGAGCACGCUUGCUGGGCUAAGCUGCUGCGCCUGGCGUGCCCCGCGCCCUCGGGCAAGAGCGAGGUGCCGGAGCGGCCCAACAACUGCUAUGCGGGGCCCAGCGGCGUCGGCCCAGGUAGCUUGGACAUCAGCAGGAGCCUCAUCCGCAACCCAGCGGAAGGUGGGCCGCCUGCCACGCCCAAUUCAGACGCCUGGGGCUCGGCUGCGUCGCUGGGCCAUGGGCCCCAGGGUGGCCCGCGACUGUCCCGCAGCAGCGUGGGGCCGGCGCCAUCGAUGAGCGAGCUGGACCUGCGGCCGCCGUCACCCAUCAACCUGAGCCGCAGCAUCGACGCCGCGCUCUUCCUCAGCGACGUGCGCGUGCGCGGGCCGGUCCCACCACACGUGGUAGACGAGCCUGACGCGGCGGCCUCCGGCAGCUCAGCGGACAGCUUCUCCCGGGGCUCGCUCAAGAUCAGCUGGAACCCAUGGCGCCAUGGGCUGUCGUCGGUGGACAGUCUGCCCCUAGAUCAACUGCCCAGCACAGUGCAGCUACUGCCUGCCACCGUCCCUGCUCCUGCUGGGGCCGGGGAACCCCAGAGUGAGGCCCAGCCACGCUGCAAGCCCGGGGACUCCCGCAGCGCCUCCAGUGACACCAUCGAGCUCUGAGGGGUCUGGGACGCAGGACCAAGGCCC